AUGGUUAAUGUGUUAAAUUCUUGGUUUUUUAAUCAUGUAUAUACAGAAAAACCGUUAUUGUGGAGAGAUUGUAUUCCAUCGGAGACAUUACAAAAAGCAAAAAAGUUAAAAUUUAAGGGAAACCCCACAAGUGGAACCCUAGUAUAUAAAGCACUAAUACUGCAGUACCAAAACGGUUGGCAAGAUAAGGGAAAUUAUAGAAUGAUGCAAAAAUAUACGUGUGUUCCAAUUUGCGAGUACGAGGUUCUGAUAGUAACUAAUGGUACUGUUUCACAAGUAGAAGGUAAAUUAAGCAAAUUAAACGAACAGAAUAACGAUGAAAUACCUUUGAAUUCAAGUAUUACAUAUCUUAAGACUUUUAAAGAAUUAAUAGAAUAUCUUAGUUUUUAUAAAGACAAAGAUAAUAAUAAUGAAGUAACAUAUACUGGAAAGAUAGUCUUUAUGUUUUUUAACGGCUUAGAGUUCGUUCAAGAUAUUAUAUGUGAUGCCAUUGAUCACUCACACAAGUGUACUGCUACUAGAAACAUACCUUUAGACUACCACAUGAGUUCAAUGAUCGAUAAAGUACAUGAUUAUAACGCUAAGAGUCAAUCUGUGGAAGUAUUGCAAAAUGCAUAUUUUUAUUUUGAUUCCACUGUUAUGUCUGAUGAUUCGGACUUCAAUAUGAUAGUUUCAAUAGUGAGGGACAUAUUGAAGAAAACUAAUUUUAUGGUAGGUAGGAUUCGAGGUGUUUAUAUUGAUGAUGAAUACUUAGAGGGAGAAAAGGCAUUCGCUGUAAGCAGUUUGUUGAGAAACUAUCCUAAUAUCGAAACGUUGCAUUUAUCCAGCAGGAAAACUAUAAUGAUGAAAGAUUUAAUUGUUUAG